AUAUUUUAAUUUUAUUGACAUUGAUCAUAUGAAUUAAAUAAAAGUAUAAUGUAAUUACCUGAAAUAAAGUGUUCAGAACAGACUUUGUAAUGCCUUUUGCUUGGAUGUGGGUUGAAAUUAGCACAGUUAAUACCUAAAAGCCAUAGCAUCCUUCUUUCUGUCGAAAUAUCCUCCAGCAGCUUCCCUUGGUGACAGAUAGCUUCAUGUCAAAAAACUUCAUCUUGCGAUGUCCAUUCCCAGAUCGGUUGGUAGAACCCCACACAACACAGAUUAUAAGCAGAGUCAGAAGAGAGGACCACCAUGGUGCUGCGCCCUGUCAUAUCCAAGCUCUCUGGUAAACUUGUUGUGCUUGCAAGUGCCUCUCCAAGACGAUUGGAGAUUCUCCGUAAUGUGGGUUUACGGUUUGAAGUGGUUCCAUCCUGGUUUGAUGAAACUCUGGACAAAAGCCUGUUUAAAGCACCUUAUGAGUACGCAGUAGAGACGGCCAAACACAAAGCUUUGGAGGUGGCCAGGAGAAUGCCCUUUAAACACUUGAAAACUCCAGACAUCGUAAUUGGAGCAGACACUGUUGUGACGGUGAAUGGCAUGAUUUUAGAAAAGCCAGUCGACAAAAAGGAUGCUUACAGGAUGCUGUCGAGCCUGAGUGGUAAAGAGCACAGUGUCUUCACAGGUGUCGCCAUCGUCCUCUGCUACGAAAAAGAUAAUGACGAAGUGGAUUACCAGCUGUUUCAUUUCUAUGAAGAAACAAAGGUGAAGUUUGCUGAUCUUUCAGAAGAAAUGCUGUGGGAGUACAUCAACAGUGGUGAGCCCAUGGACAAGGCUGGCGGUUACGGCAUCCAAGCACUUGGUGGCAUGCUGGUGGAGUAUGUCCACGGAGACUUCCUUAACGUUGUCGGUUUCCCCCUCAACCACUUCUGCAAACAGCUGAACUUUAUUUACAACCACGACACUUCCUCUUUAGCCCUAGAAAAUGCAACUGCAGAUGGAGGCCAGAGUGGCAACACACCACCUACUCCACCACUAUCAGCUCCAACCGGUUCCCCUGUUAAGCACAAAUCAUCAAACUGCCCAGCUGUCAAUCAAACACCAGGCACGUACAGUGACAGUCCCAUGUCCAGUCCUGUACCUAAGGUGGUUAGGAGGGUAAAUGAAAGUGCAGUGGGUGAGAGCGUGUUUGUGGAAAGCUCGUCUACGGACAAAGGAGGAUCUGACGUUGAAAUCUUUGGGGUUGCAAUACCUCAGAUUACCAGCAGAGGACAGGAAACUGAACCCGAAACUAAAGACUUGCAGCGAGUCAUUGAAUUAAUGGAUGGAUUUAAAGCCUCAAAGGCUCUUUUCACUGCUUCCACAUUGUGUGUGUUUGACCUGCUACAUCAGCGUCCACACCUGGAUGCUGCCCAAGUGGCCGAAGAGGUCAAGGCCUCUGUGAAAGGGACUGAGUGUCUGCUGGAGGCCUGUGUGUCACUGGGGCUUUUAAAUAUCAAAGCGAGAGCAUCCCACAAGCCUGUGUAUGAGAACACAGCUCUGGCCGAGCGUUUCCUGCGCUCCGAUGCACCCUACUCACUACACGCAUACAUCCAGCACUUUAAUACCACGGUGUGGCAUCUUUUCUCCCACCUGGAGAGUGCUGUGCGGGAAGGUACCAACCAGCAUGAGAAAGCCUUUGGCAAGAAAUCAAAAGACUUGUUUCAGGAUUCUUACUACGAGAGUCGAGAAGUGAAACUGAGAUUCAUGAGAGCCAUGCACAGCAUAGCAAAGGUUUCUGGGAAGGAUAUAGCCACCGCCUUCGACCUUUCUGGUUAUAAAACUGCCUGUGAUCUUGGAGGUUGCACAGGUGCUGUGGCCUACGAGUUUACCAAAGUUCAUCCUGCAAUGUCUGUGACAGUGUUCGAUCUUCCAGCUGUUGUCGAAAUGAGUGAACUUUUCCGCCCAGAGACAGCAGACAACAGGGUUUCUUUCGUAGCAGGCGAUUUCUUUAAUGAUGAGUUGCCCAAAGCGGACCUUUACAUCCUGAUGAGGAUUCUUCAUGAUUGGUCUGAUGAGAAGGUCCACGUUCUGCUCAGUAAAGUUGCAAGCGCAUGCCGACCAGGAGAUGCAGUCCUUAUAGCAGAGGCCAUGUUGGACCACCUGACACCGUAUUCUGCUCUGCAGUCUCUCAACAUGCUUGUCCAGACUGAGGGAGAGGAGAGAACAGAGUACAGGUACAAGGAGAUGCUCAGCAAACAUGGAUUUGGGAAGAUCCGUGUGGUCCACACUCUGUACUUUUUAGACACUUGUCUUGCCAUUAAAAUGUAGCAGAUAAUUAAUGCACAUUAUGAUUUUUUGUUAUUUUGUUACAUUGGAUUGUAUGACAAAGCUAUAGCAGGGUCCAACGCAGCACUACAGGCUGUACCUAAUAAAUUGGCCAAUUUUUUGAAUUUACUCAUAUGAUAUAAGAGAAAGAACCCUUGGAACCCAUGGAAGUUGCUGAACUUAAUGUAACUGAUGCUGCAAUCAUGUCUCAGUCUGAGAACUCUCUCACGGUCCACUCUCUGAGGUCAGCUGGCCGACAGCUGUGGCAGUGAAACGUGUGUGUCCUGCUGUUAGAACACUAAGAGCUGCCGUUGUGAUUAUGCAUUGUGAAUGCAACUCGGUUCUGAUGAUUAAAGAAGAAAUAAUGACAGCUAAGUAGUAUUAUAAUCUAAACAGGAAGUCAUUCUUGUUCACUUUCCGACAUGACUUCAUGUUUACCUCAACUUCACUGAUGACAUGAGGACGAUAGCCAGCACAAUCACUCAUUUUUUCCUACUGCAAUUUUUUUCCGCUAAAUGUUAAUCUGUGGUCAUUGUUGUGUUUUUGUCUUCAUGAUGCGUUUGGUGGUUUUAAUGAAGACACUGUAGGAGUGCACGCAGGUCAAUAUAAGGCUAGGUACUGGGUUACCGAACAAAACAUUGAUUGUUCAGGUAUAAAUGAAUGGAAAAGGUGUUAAAUUACAGGAUUAUUUUGUUUGUCUCCUGUUUAAAAUGGUCUUAUUCAGUAUGUCUCUGGUUUUCUCCCCUGAAGUAAAGCUACCGCUAAGAGCUGAGAGAGCAAUUUACAUGUCACAGGUUCAUUGACAGAAUAUGCAGCUCACAUCCAAAGUGAUAUUUGACCUUCGGCAACAAUGUAUGCCAGAUUUUGUUUUUCCUGUAAAACACGGGACGUCGUUUUGUUGCUAUGACACUAAUCCCCCACUGGGCGGCACCGCAAAUCCGCAGAUCACCGCGCACGUCUUUAGAAGAACUGUUUCGAUAAACUUAAUUCUGUCACUCAUUUUCACAAAGAGUGGUAGACAGAAUACCUUGGUAUUAAAUGUGUCGUCGUUUAAUUAGUAUUAGGUAAUAUUUUGUGCUUUUAAUGUCUGUUUUUCAUUCGUUAAUGCAGGAAAGCUCACUGGAUGUUAGCUUAAAGCAGGUACAGCAGCCAAAGAACUUCAUGGGAAUGUGGUUAUAGCCUUGGCCAGGAUAAAUACGUCUUAUUCUUUGUGACAGUCAAAGUGUAUCUGGAUUACUCCUCAUUUCUGGAUCCAUCUCUAAGUAUUUUCCUGGAGGGGUAAUAAGGGUGGUCAAGUUAUUCAUGGCUAUUUUCUUGUCAGUCUGAGAUCUGGCUCUUGGUGACAUCUAACUGAUUUCCAUGACUUACUGCUUUCUCCCCCAAUGAGGAGUGACAGAGGGGAGGUUACUCUGAAGUUCAAAUAUGACAGCUAGGAGAACUCACAUGAGGUUUGUGUUAUUGUUAACACACCGAAUGCAUCAAAACACCACACAGUGAGAUACCAUUGUUCAGAUCUACACAUUCAUCGUGUUACAUGUCAGUUCUUUGUGAAGAAGUGACACCAAAUGGCAGCUUAAACACAGAUGGUGGAACUAUGACGAAGCACUCCUAUGAAAAAGAUUUGCAUAUCCUCACACCUCCAGGCUACAGGCUGCACCCAUUCACCCUCAACUUUUGUGUACAAGCAUCAACAGAUAAAGGCCCCGGCUCUGCUCGGCGAGGCCCUCUAAUGAAAACCAUUCAAGUCAAUCAAGUUUACCAGAAACCAAAGGCCAGUGUAAUUUGGAAAAAAAUAGUUGAAACUCCAAAGUAAUCUCAUGUAACGUGAUCUAGUCCAUUGAACACUGAGUGUACUGUACGUGUCGGAUAAGAGCUCAGUCAUUUUCUUCAACUGCAGUACUGACAAGCAGCAUGCAUGUCCACCUGCAAGUAAUCAUCAUCUAGUGUUAAGUGCUUUGAUAUUAAAAUGACUGAUUUAAGUCCAUUUGCUGCUAGUAGAUAGUCAUUGGAAAACACUUCCAUAUGUCGACAGGCAGGAUAUGCUGGGGUUUGUGAACUGUGUUGUUGUUGUUUAUGGUGCUCCAAACACACCAGGGUACAGUCAUGUUUUCUGUUAUUUGGUAGAACAAAAAUCUGCUUACACCUCAAAAAACUAUAUUCCGACAAAAACAAUAAGUGCAAAGUUUCUUCAGAUUCAUGGCGUACAUUGGUUUGUCAUAUAAAAAUUCGUUGUACAACAUAAUGCAAUACCUCGGAUUUCCACCUGGGGGCAUCGUUGACUAAUAAUGCAGACUUUUUUGAAGUUUUACUGAAUGCUAUGAGAUUAUAUGCGUUAUUUUCCUUUAAACAUCUACAUACACCCGUACAGUUAUCAUUGAUGAAGAAUACACACAACACUGUUUGUGCUGUGAGUCUCUUUGUGACUCACAGAAUCACUGAGGUUGCAUGGCAGAAUAACAAACAUCCUCAAACCAGUUAGUCUUUCUAAAUGACUUCUCUAAACUCAGCUCAUGCACAGGCACCUGUUUCAAAGAACAGGCUUGUUUGUUUCAAAGAGCCUCUUCUGUCAACAAACACAAUCAGUGUUAUGACGACUGGCUCCUCAACCCACAUCUGAUUUCAGCAAAUGUGCAAUUGUUCAAAGUGAGUCGUGCUUCAUUGAUUUGUUUCAAGGCAGCGGAAAAAUAACCCCAGGGCUUCUACCUGUUAGAAAUAACAACGGAGUCUUUCUCUGCCUUUUGGAGUUUUUUCCCGUCUCUCUUGGUAGGUUUUUUUUUUGUGUGUGUGUUUUUCUUUCAAAGACAUCAGUACUAGUACAUGGAUCAGAUUUUUCUGAGUCUAAUUGCUGGUUCUGACUGUAAAAGGACAAACAUUGUCAAGAAUGGGCUUUAUUUUCUUGGAUUUAAAGACAAAACAUAAUUGUUAAUAUUAAAGCACAUUACCCUAAAAACUGUAUUUAUUUUGUCUGUGUGUUUAGAGAAUAAUGAGUCCAUCUCUAGAUAAAGGACCACAGACUAUGUAUUCAUCAUGCAAGUAACAAUGUAACAAUCAGUAGCUGCCAGGGUUGCAGAUUUUUGAGGUAACUCCUUCUACAACGUCUAAUUUAUUUUUUGUUUGAAGGUAAAGUUAAUAAAAUGCCUAAUUUUCCAUAUAGCUGUUCAUUUACUCUAUAUGCAUAAGCCUGUUGAACCAGUGAGAAACUUUUUGUGUAUCUUAAAAUGGCAUUUUGGGUGAGAAUUUGAUAGUUGUGUAUUAUUUCUUUGAAGAUCUGUUUUCGCGCAGCUUUAUUUGGAAAUUGAGCUAUCCGUCAAUAACUCCAGGUGUCCCCUCACAUUCUACGACCCAGUUACAGUUAACCUCUAUGUUUUCUAAAUGUGAUUAAAUGAAUGCCAUUAUGUUCUGAACACAAAUAUGUAGACAAUGAGACUGUCAGGAAAGUCUUUAUAGACCUACUUUGUAAUGUAUGCAUCCAGAAGUGAUUUCCUUAUUUUUUUAUGUACUUUAAGUUCUUCAGACUGCUCUGUUCUCUUCCUCUGAGCUCUUGAAAUCCAAAAGUGCUCUAAAAUAGAGCUUAAGGAGUAUUUCAUUUUCUUUCAGUAACAGUUGCCAGAACCAUGUGUAUGCAAUUCACAAUGUGCAAUAUCCUAAAAUGCAUCAUAUAAUUUACUAUAAUUCACCUGGACACAAUUAAUUCCACUCUUUGACCUAUAAAUAUGAAAACAUUAGCCGUGAUAACAUCAGUGAGCCCAGAGUCAAGACCCACCUGCUAAAAGCCUACGACAGUCUCAUUAACAUAUGGUAAUAUUUGUUGCGGUCAAAUAGAGGAAUUGUGUCUCCCCCUCCUGUCUCAGUGUGAUGUGUGAGGUGUCACUCAGAGAUACAGUAGGGGAGGAGACUCUGUGCUGAAAUGGCUGGUGACAGGGCUUUCAUCAGAUCCACUGAGGGCCCUUUGUUGUUAUUUUGGGAUCUCUCGUGGGUGUAGUCUGAGAGAGCAGCAGACAGACUGGGUCUCAUCUCUGCACCAACACACACACACCACACACACACACACACACACACAACCACAUAGACACCCAACCACAUAGACACCCAACCACAGACACCUGCACAUACAAAAACACUAAUGAUGAAUGAUCACUGCCACGUCAAUCAAAUGGCAGUAUUUCGGAAAGUGUGUGAACAUAUGGAAAACCCUUUCAUUUGUGUUUAAUUACAUGCAGGUACAUUAAAAUUAAAAUGACUUGUUCUGACAUAAUUAGGAUUAUUCUGUGUUGUAUUAUGAGACAAUUAGUCCAUCUGGCCUAAAAUGUAAUUUUCACAUUUUCUGUGUAUUUUGUCACAUGAUUCUGUACAAAAUGAUCUGGAUAUUUCCUUUUACUUCAUAGCCACAAAAAAAUGAUAUAUUGUAGUAAUGUUACUAUCAAGGCCAUUGUCUGGAUAUAACAGGGUUUUUUGUACUGUUGAGGACCUGAUCCAGGGACCAGGGUGUCCUUCACUUUUGCCUGAUGACUGCCAGACUCUUGGCUACUUUGGAAUGGAAUAAGUAGUAAAAUAUGAAGACCCUUUAUUUUUUAUAAUGUUUCUUCCUAUUGUGGUAUAACUAUUAAGAUAAUUCUGGUUUCUCCUCCAAAAAUAUACUGUAACACACGUACAUGAAUAAUGUAUUACAGUUGGGUUUUUAAUGGCACACAGUUUGAUGUUUUAUGAGCAGACAUUUAAAAAGUGAUAAUUGUUAUUAAAUGACAGCUUAAUUU